AAGCUCCAAUCUCAGACUCAGAGACUAGAAGUAACAUUGAAUUGAAGCCCAAAUGGAGAUCAGAACCGUGCCCCUCUGUCUUUUACUCCGUGAUUCCCAAUCUGAGAGUAGAAGUAACGGUGGCGCGAAUAUGACUAAGUUCCGGAGACUAUAUCGACCCACCGGUCACCGAAUGUCCAUGCUCAGAACCAUGGUCUCCCAGCUCAUCAAGCACCAUCGCAUUGAAACCACUGUUGCCAAGGCUAAAGAGGUUCGCAGACUCGCUGAUAACAUGAUUCAGCUUGGCAAGCAGAUCACAGUUAAGUCACUACAACAAACUACUACAACCAGAAGUCAACCCCUUCUUACCAUUUGUUCCUUCAGAUCUGAUCACUUCUCUUCAGAAACAUGGCUGCAGAAGCUGUUUUGUCUUCCGUUCUUAGUGUUGUUUUUGACAGGAUGUCCUCCCCUGAAGUUGUUAACUGGAUCAAAGGGAAGAAACUUACUUUGAAGCUGAUUGAAAGGUUGAAGACUAAUCUUUAUGCUGUUCAAGCCUUUCUCAUCGAUGCUGAGCAGAAGCAGAUCAAGGAGAGACCUGUCAAGGCCUGGCUUGAUAGUCUCAAACAUGCCAUGUAUCUUGCUGAUGACUUGCUCGAUGAAGUCUUCACCAAAGCUGCCACUCACAAGGAUCCAGGUACCUUCCUCUCCCGUCUUCUCAAUUUGCAAGAUAGGGAUGUAGCAAACAAGAUGGAGGAAGUCAUUGAUAGGAUAGAGUCUCUUGUGAUUCA